UGCUUUCCAUGCCCCCUCCAUGCAGAGUGCCUCGCGGCCUUAAUCGAGGACGGAGUCUCCCAGAUUUGAAUACAUGAUAGGAUCCACAGACUACGGACUAGACGCUUCCGUCCGAAAUACUCGUCCCUGCCGAGUCUGUUCCGAUUGUAUAGCCUUCUUGGAGCCGUAUAAGAACCUGUGGACCAGGAAAGCUGUUUCGGUUUCUUGAGUUAUCAACUGAACUUUUCACUCGAUCGCCCAUCAAAAUUUACCAAAAUACUCUACGCAAUCUUCGCUGCUGCUGCUGCUGUUGCUGUUGUCCUGCUUGGAAUGCUAGACAAUCGCAUGAUCAUGAAACUUGCUAGCAUAUUCGGCCUCAAUGCUCCUUCAGAUACGCCACAGCCAAUAUCUACCGCGCGCCGGGCUCGACCCGUUACCCAAUAUUUAUCAGCGCCAUCGAACUUGAAGCUGCCUUCACCUGGUGUGCAGGACGACGGCGAACCAGAAGCUUACUAUCCUCCGCUCACCGCUCCGCCAGAACCUGUGGGGUCAUCAGUAGCGCCCUUUCAAAGAAGGGAACGCGUUUUAUUUUACAACAAGAAUGAACCUUACUACGAAUUCACGAAUUUCUCGCCGCACGACGUUGUCUACGCUGGGAAGAGAUAUCCAACCAGCGAGCAUCUCUUCCAAUCUUUCAAAGUGGAACAGUUUUUGGACUCCCAGCCAGCCAUCGCGGAGCACAUCCGCAAGUGUGGGGACAGGCCAAGCGCCGUGUUCGAUGAAGCUCAUCGUCACCAGAAAUGGGUUCGAUCCGAUUGGAGACAAGUAAACGUUGAGAAGAUGGAAGUCACACUUCGGCUCAAGUUCACUCAGCAUAAAGAUCUAAAGGCCUUGCUUCUUGGCACUGGUGAUGCUGAGCUAGUUGAGGACUCCCCAAAGGACUUCUUCUGGGGGAUAGGUGCUGACGGCUCUGGACGCAAUGAGCUAGGCAAAGCACUCGAGAGAGUGCGCGAUGAGCUUCGGCACGACAACAAACCAAGUAGGGUGCCCCCGGUCAAGCGUGACACGUCUCGAUUCUCGUUACAAGACCUAUCGUCGCUAGUUGUAGCGGCAGCGCCCCAACCUCCGAUCCAAGCAUCGCAACGCCGUUCCGUUGUUUCCAUAAGCAUGGGAAUCAGCUCGCCCUCAGUAGUGCUACCUCAACCUCAAUUCCAAGCGCUGCAGCGUUUCUCCAUUGUUCCUGCAGGUAUGGCAGUCAGCCCACAGUCAGCAUCUCCUCUCGACGCUGGCCUUUGUGAGUUCUGCCAGCAGAAACCGAAAUAUCAACACCAUCCUUACUGUGGCAGGACAUGCGCUACACAAGCAGCGACCAUGUGCAACGUUAGUUUAUAUUUCCGGCCGACGGUAUGUCGUUCUGACCCAGACAUUCUUUAGCAUUGUCGCAGCAAACCAAAGUACGGCAAGCAUCCUUACUGUUCAAGGACUUGCGCUGUGCAAGCCGGCAAGGCAACCUAGGCUUCAAAAAAUCUUCCCGUUUGGAUAAUUUGUACUGUAAGAUUAUGCUAGGUGGUUUGCGAGUCCAUAUUUGCUAUCUAUUAAUGAUUCUCUCUGUCUGCGGACAUCCAAUUACCGUCUGUUCCACUAGCUAGGCGUUGAUACCCUGAGUCAGGGUCAAUUGGAGUGUC